AAACGUGAUAAUGGUUGUCGCUAAAUAUCCCGUUACAAAAAUAUACUGACAAAUCUUUACAAAUAAUUGAAUGCAAUGACGUCCAUUAAUUUGUACGAUCGAUAUCGAGUAAUUAAUAUAACUAAGGUUUGGAUUAAGUAAGUUGAACUAUUAAAAAGGGAAUGUCAUGGAAGGAGCAAGGAUGGUUGCAGCACAUUAUUUCGGCUUCGUGUUACUUCUAGCUUGUUCAACGACACCAACUCUUUCCUUUGACCUUGUUAAUGCCAGCGCUCUUGAAACUGACUUAUUGACAGGGUACAAGAAAACUAUCCGGCCCCUCAGUCUUACCGAGGUCAAUAUGGGGAUGGGAGUUAUGCAUAUUGUGUCUUUGGACAUUGUUGCACAACACAUUCAUCUGAUAGGAUAUAUCUACGGUAUAUGGACAGAUCCUAGGCUAUCCUGGAACGCAACGGAUUACGGCGACAUGUAUUCUACUCCGAUGUCCGUCAAGGACGUUUGGAUGCCGCCUGUGGUACUUAGCAACGCAGCAGAUGGACUAAGCUUGUUGAAUACGCAAGACGGGAUGGACGGCUCGUACCUGUACGCUUAUCACACGGGAACUAUAGUGUGGUACACAUCGACCAACUUUGUUGCGCAGUGUCAAAUCAACGUAGAGUACUACCCAUUUGAUUCACAGGACUGUGAAAUUAUUAUAACUCCGUGGACAAUUGACGCUGAGGACAUGACUCUGUACUCCAAAUCACAGACAGUCGAUACUUUUUUAUUCGAAGAAAAUGGAGAGUGGGACUUGGUUUACACAAGUGUGCAGAAUUACACAAGAAAAGUUGGCAAUGAUGAUUUGCCAGGAGUCAAAUUUAAUCUUCGUCUGAAAAGGAAAGUUUCAUAUUACUUGAUCAACAUGAUACUUCCGGUCAUUUUCCUUGCAAUAGUGGGCACUUUUGUAUUUGUACUUCCGGUUGAAAGCGGGGAGAAGAAUGGAUAUGCAUUGACCAUUCUACUAUCAAUGUCGGUCAUCAUGACAAUUGUGUCGGACGCAAUUCCGCCGAUUUCGACCCAAACAUGCCAGCUAAGCGUGUAUCUUCUCGUUAUCUUCAUUGUAUGCUCCCUAGAGACGAUACUGACUGUAAUGAGUUGCCAGAUUCACUCCUAUGAUGCUAAAGGAUACAAACCCGGGCAAAGGGCACAGAAAAUUGCAAAGUUUCUUGCAAAACUAUCGCUUUACCGGAGGGCGAGCGAUCACUCUACCAACAGAGUUACACCGAAAGACGACAUCGUGGUCCAAAACAUGGAAAAACCAGAAUUAACAGAGGCAUGGAAAGAUGAGGUCCCAGACAAAAGCGUUUCAUACAACUACAUAGAAGUUGCAUUUUUAAUGGACAGAGUCCUCUUUGGAUGCUUCCUUAGUAUGCAGAUAUUGUUCACACUUGUGUUCUGUAUCAAUCUCAGAAUUCAGGGAGAUAAUACCGGAAAUGGUGUGUAGCCACAUUAGUCUCUGGUACACCCACCUACGGCGGUUGUAGUGUGUCGUCAACUUAGUCUCCAUUAUACCGAUCUAAAGCCGGGCUAGUGUGCAGUCAACUUAGUCUCCAAUAUACCGAUAUUAAGCCGGGCUAGUGUGCUGCCAAAUUCGUCUCCAAUACCGAUAUAAAGCCGGGCUAGUGUGCUGCCCAAUUCGUCUCAAAUAUACCGAUAUAAAGCCAGGCUAGUGUAUAGCCAAAUUCGUUUCCAAUAUACCGAUCUAAAGCCGGGCUAUUGGGUAGUCAAAUUAAUCUCCGGUAUACCGAUCUUAAGCCGGGCUAGUGUGCAGUCAAAUUAAUCUCCGGUUUACCGAUCUGAAGCCAGGAAAGGGUGAAGCCACAUUAGUCUCCGGUAUACCGAUCUUAAGCCAGUGAAGUCUGCAGCCAAAUUCGUCUCCGGUAUACCCACCUUAUUGACAUUAUUUUAAUUUUGUGAAAUCAAUGAAAUUAUAACUGUCAAUCAUUAUAAUGAUAGAAAUAUGUGUGCUUAAUUUCCUUUUAAUUUCUUAUGUAAUCCAUAUUUAAUGGGGGUAAUUUGACCCGUACACUAUAUUGUACUAAAUCUAUUAACUUUCAAGGCUGUAAACAGAUGUUUGAUUCAAUCAUAUUUAUAUAUGAAAGGAGUUAUAACAAAAUAAUUUCUCUCCUCAUGUGAUCAUGUUUAUCAAUAACACACGCUUCAACAACUGAACACACAUCCAUUUUAGUCUUGGACACAUCUUGUUCUCCGUUCUCGUACAUGGUAAUCUAGCAGAACAAAUUAUUAAUAGGGAUUUGUUAGAGAGACACAGUGAUUAAAAGUGAUUAUAACAGUCAGAAAAGUCUAAAUAAAAUGAUUCUUGGCAAAUGAAAGUGUCUUUAUAGCAAAACUAAUACACUUAAAUUCGAUCAGUGAUCUUACACAAGGGGGUAUAAAUUCUUACAAGGCAAAAGUUGGUACCAGAAUCUGUACUUUUCCAUUCCUUGGCAAUUUUGUUUGCAGCCAAAUAUUUUUCUCCCUUAUUAUAUACAUGAAACGAAACUAUAAUGGCAGUUUAUGUAAACCAAAAACCAAACUUGUUAAGCAGGCAGGAAGAGCUAUAUUUUCUGUUAUACAGAAAUCUCGUUAACUAAUCUUUCUAUAUCGUUACAAUUGCAUUUGUUUGAUUCUUUAAUUGUACCGUUUUUGUGGUAAGCAGUUUGGGUUGGGGCUUUAAAACAAGAAAAUAUUGAACAAUUUCAAUUCAAAUAUUGUUAACUUGUUCUUAAUUUGAAAUCCUCAGCACCACCCUGUAUGUUUUAGGGCGAGUUAGGGAUUACACCUGUCACCCUCCAAGUCAUAUGUAGAGUUUCAUGUUGUUAGAGUAUAGUGUUGAAUUCUAAGCAUAAUAACAAUUGUAAAUUGUGGUAUAAUACUAUGUUAUCUCGCCAUAAUAAUAAUAUACUUAUCUCUCCAUGGAUACAUUUUGUUAAAAACAGUUUAGAUGAACUCGGUAUUUCAGAUUACACGCUUCAUUUAAAACCUUUGGUCAAAUCAAGAUUACAUGACACAUUUGUACGGCAAUGACUGAUUUCUGUUGAUACUUCUUCGAAAUGCUUAGCCUAUAGAAUGUAUACGAAAGAAUAUUGUUUUGAAAAAUUCUUAAAUAUAUAUUACCAAUCAAUCUAACCAAAGCUUUUAUUGAAUGUAAAUUUAUGAUAAUGAAUCAUUCUUUAUCUAUUGAAAAAGGUCGUAACUUUAUUAUUAAUCAUAGCAAAAGAAAAUGUACAAUCUGUAAUUAAGAUUUAAUAGGUGACGAAUUUCAUUAUUUGUUUGAGUGUGUUCAUUUAAAUGUAUAUAGGUCGAAAUUCAUCUCUCGCUGCUAUUUCAACCAUCCCAAUGCUUAGAAACUUCAUGAUCUUAAGAAUAGUAACAGCAAAAACUAACUUCUAAAAAUAGCUUUAUUUUCUAAGAUCAUCAUGUUCAAAUUGAAGUAUAUUUCAUUCUCCUUUAUAUCUGUAUCUUGUUUUCCAUAAUAAAAUUCUUAUAUUUUCUUUAAUGUGUCAUUAUUUCAAUUGUUUGUGGACAUUGCACUGCUGUUUUCUUUUUUGUUGUUUAUAUUGUUUCUUUGUUGUUUAUUAGUUGUUAAGUCACAUGUAUAUUAUUUGCCUUGAUACAAAUAAAACUUGAAACUUGAUAUUUAUAAUCGGAAAAGCACGUGAUAAACAACAAUUCUGACACUCGCCAUCAAAGGAUACAUCAUUUUAUUCAACUCGUCCAGGGAAAAUGCUAGCAAGACAGUCAAAAGCUUAACUCAUUGAAUAAAAUUGUGUAUUAUAUCAAUACUCGUGACAGAUUCUAUAUGUCU